AAAAUGGUAUUUUUUCAAAGCUGCAGAAAGCUUUCACAGGUGUUGAAGCCUAACUGGGCUUCCACUGGCACUGUGUUGUGGUCAUGUAGUAAUGUUAGACAUCUUCAGCCUCUGUCAGUGGGCUGUAAACUUCAUGUUCGUUUGAAGGGUUCAGCCGCUGGUGAGAGACAGCAGGAGAGGCAGAGGGCUCACAUGGCACGUGGCCUUCCAAAGCAAAAGCCCAUAGCAGGUGUUAAAGAGGUCAUUGUUGUUGCUUCAGGAAAAGGAGGUGUUGGCAAAUCUACCACAGCAGUAAAUCUUGCUCUUGGACUUAUGGCCAACGAUCGGAGUAAGACGGUGGGUCUUUUAGAUGCUGAUGUUUAUGGCCCCUCAAUCCCAAAGCUGAUGAACCUCAGAGGAAACCCAGAAUUAACAGACAACAACUUAAUGAGACCCCUUAUGAACUUUGGGAUCCCUUGUAUGUCCAUGGGCUUCCUGGUUGAAGAUACAGCACCCAUUGUGUGGAGGGGUCUGAUGGUCAUGUCAGCCAUUGAGAAGCUCCUCAGGCAGGUAGACUGGGGCUCUUUGGAUUACUUAGUGAUUGACAUGCCUCCUGGAACAGGGGAUGUACAACUUUCCAUCACACAGAACAUCCCGAUAGCAGGUGCUGUGAUCGUGUCCACUCCACAGGACAUCGCUUUGUUAGAUGCACGCAGAGGUGCUGAGAUGUUCCGUAAGGUUAACGUGCCGGUGCUUGGCUUGGUUCAAAACAUGAGUGUUUUCCAGUGUCCUCAGUGCAACCAUCAGACACACAUCUUUGGCUCAGAUGGAGCGAGAGAAUUGGCACGUGCCCUUGGAGUAGAGGUUCUUGGUGACAUUCCACUUCAUUUGAACAUCAGAGAGACAUCAGACAAGGGUCAGCCCGUGGUUGUGUCCUCUCCUGACAGUCCUGAGGCUGAAGCAUACAGAAGAAUCGCCUCAGCAGUGGUGCGUCGCCUCACAGAGGAGUCCAGCUGAAUGACUUCAACACUGCUAUGCUAUUUAUUUAUUAGUCACUAGUACUGAGAAAUUUCAAUAAAUAUUUUACUCAUGA